AUGAGCGACAACUCAUUCCACUAUUUCACGCGGCUGCCUCUAGAACUACGCCGUCUUAUCUGGGAGCAUUGCCUCCCGUAUCGUAUAGCAGAACUAGACAUCCCCGCCUUUCUUCUCGAUGGCGAAGAAUCCCGUCAAGCCUGCUUGCCCGAGUAUACAACACACCAAAACGCUCAGCUGCCAGUUAUCGCAUUUGUCAACAGCGAGUCUCGGCAAGUCGCGCUAGAAGAGGGACGUUGGGUGCAAGGACAGGAGACAACUAGCAAACAGUUGAUAUGGGUGCAGCCGCGUCGGGAUGUGCUGCAUCUCAACUGGACACGAAUGAGCUAUGAUGUCUUAGGACCGCUUGUUGGACUUUACAGUCCGAUCGGCUGGUACUCGUUGCAGGCAGAGGAGCUUGGGAUGCAACCUUCUAUCGUGGCAGAGAUCAUUUACUACUUUGAUUUGAAGGGGCUGCUGGAGGGUGCUGAUGGCGCUGAUGGCGCUGAUGGCGCUGAUAACGAUGAACCAUUCUCCGCCUCGUGGUCUCGUCGUCAUGAUGGCAUGUAUGACCCUCUCAGCAUUGAAGAAGCGAGCGACAUUGCGGCUCUCGCAGAAUUCCACAGGUGGUACGACGUAGCCAUGGCGGCAGUUUCUCUACAUAUCACUAGGGAAGCGGCUCUGAGGUCUGGCUUGUUUGGGUUGUUAGGUGAUGCGCCUGUUCAGAUGGUUGAUGUUGAUGACGAAGCUCGAUUGAGGCAAUUUCAAGCAUUAUUCAGGGAGCACGCAUUGGAAAAGGAACCGGCCGUGCAAGCACUCUUCGAAUUAUUAACAAAUGCUCGAUUCCGAGCGGCCGUGGGAACAUGGAAAAGCAAAGCUGAAUGGAUCAUCCUUGCGUCAAUGUGGGAUUACGCACGAAGGAAAAAUGGCAUUCUUGGGACAAACCCUGGCUCCGCUUGGGUACCUUACCUCCCGGAGGAAGCGCGCCCGCGCAUCGACUUGUCUCAGUAUUCGCCUAAUGAGAAUCAUCCAUGGGUCAAGGAAGCUAGACAGACCUCAAAAUGGAUCAGUGACUGGCCAGCGCUAUUGAAGUUCGUGACAUAG